CCCCCACACACUUUAUUGACAUGUACCUUUCUGCUUGUUGGCAUUAUAAAAGGGCAACUCGAUGUUCUCUCCAGUUGAAUUGAAACCCAAAUUAGCAUAGUGAGAGGGCAGGGGGAGAGGCUUUUAUUCCACUAACACCACAAUCAUAAACUCAACCCCUCCCCACCACUACUACUCAACAGGCCAUGAGGCUCUCAGCUACUAAACCUGUACGGCCAUGCACCUCAUCAAAUCCCACAUCCCGACACUUUGCUUGCACCAUUACCAACUCCAAGAACAACCUCAACACCAAUACUAGACCUCCCAUAAACUUGGAAAACCUCUUCGUCGACUACGAUUUGAGAACCACGUCAUCGUCGUGGCUCGUCGACCCUGCACCGAUGACGACGUUGUCUUCUGUCAAGUUGAAUAAGAGAUGGAUGGACUACCAAGGACUCAAGAAUUGGGAGGGCUUGCUUGAUCCACUCGACGACAACUUGCGUUGUGAGAUCAUACGGUACGGUCGUUUUGUCGAGGCUGCUUACCGGUCGUGUAAUUUCGACCCGUCGUCUCCGUCGUAUGGUAUGUGCCGGUACUCUAAAAGAAAGCUACUUGAGGAGUCGGGCUUUCCGGAGACGGGUUAUCGGGUUACCAAGAAUUUGAUGGCCACCUCGGGGAUACAGUUGCCGGGUUGGGCUGAACGGGGACCGACCUGGAUGGCCAUGCAGUCGAGCUGGAUUGGGUACGUUGCUGUUUGCCAGGACAGGAAAGAGAUUUCCAGGCUUGGGAGACGGGAUGUGGUCAUUGCAUUCCGGGGUACAGCGACGGGCCUGGAAUGGCUGGAAAAUCUCAGGGCGACGUUAACUCCUCUGCCAAAUGGUGAUUGUAAUUGGAAUUGUUAUUCUGAUUCCGAUUGUGAGCCAAUGGUGGAAAGUGGGUUUCUGAGUUUGUACACUUCAAACGACGGAAACCGGCCGAGUUUACAGACACUGGUGAGGGAAGAAAUAGCAAGAAUCCUGGAAAAGCACGGGGAUGAGGCGUUAAGCUUCACCAUCACCGGCCAUUCACUAGGGGCGGCGCUGGCCACUCUCGCCGCCUAUGACAUCAAGCAAACCUUCAAAAACUCGCCGCUGGUCACCGUGAUCUCAUUCGCCGGGCCGCGGGUCGGGAACUGGAGCUUCAGGUGCCAGCUGGAGGAACAGGGAACGAAAGUCCUACGUAUUGUGAAUUCCGACGAUCUCAUCACCAAAAUCCCGGGUUUCGUGAUCGACAACAACGAAAACCACCAGUUUUUAAAACAUUCCGGCAGCUACACCGAGGCAGCGUCAGCGAACCUCGCCGGCUGGGUUCAAAAGCUGGUGGAAGACACACAGUGGGUAUACGCGGACGUGGGCUGCGAGCUACGGUUGAGCAGCCGCGACUCGCCGGACUUAAACAGCAUCAACAUUGCCGCCUGUCACGAACUGAAAACAUAUCUCCACCUCGUUAACGAGUUCGUGGGCUCAAACUGUCCCUUCCGGGCCACCGCAAGAAAAAUGAUGAACAAAACCUAGGUAAAAUCUUAAUGAACUCAUGACUACCCAAAAAAAAAAAAAAAUUAAACCCGUAAAUAUUUCCUUUUUUUCGUACAUGAUAUUCAUGAUUGUACGAUCAAUCCACGGGUCAGGCCAAAAAAUGUGUAGAUAUUAACAUUUUUCCACCAAUUACAAGGUGUGAUUAUUGUACAAAAAAUCCCAUAAAAAUGAUCUAUAAAUGAGUAGGUGCGUGCGCCAUGUAAGAAAAGUAACAGUUCUUGCCGGGGCU